AUGCUGCGGCCGCGCCUGCUGGUGGCAGCAUUAUUGGCUGCGGCACUGGCAUACAGCCUACGAGGCGUGUGGCAGCGCGUCGUCCGCAUGCUGACGCCUGGAUCGGUGUGCACUGACGCUGACGCCUCGCCGGUCCGUGUCGGCCUCCUCGGUGCUGCAAAGAUCGCACCCUUCGGCCUGCUCCAUCCCGCUUCGCGGCUGCCGUGUGCAGUGCGCGUUGUGGCUGUUGGAGCGCGUGACGCUGCGCGCGCUGCAGCCCUCGCGAAGCAGUGGGGCAUCCAAAAGCACGGCACCUACUCCACCGUGCUCGGCCUUGAGGAGGUGGAGGCGGUCUACCUCCCGCUGCUCAACGGGCUGCACUACGAGUGGGCCGCCGCCGCGCUGCGCGCAGGCAAGCACGUGCUCGUCGAGAAGCCGAUCGCGUCCAACGCCGCCGAGGCGCGAUCGCUCGCGCGGCUCGCAAAGAGCCGCUCGCUGGUGCUCGCUGAGGCCUACCACUGGCGCUUCCACCCGAUCGCCUCGCGGCUGAAGGAGGUGAUGCGGAGCGGCGAGCUGGGCCAGCCAACCUCGCUGGAGGUGACGGCUGGGCUCCCGAGCCCGGACGCCCUUUUCUCCGCCGGGCGCUCCGCCCUGCGGCUGCAGCGACCCGAGGGCCCUCCUCCCGCCAAAAUGGACGUCUCCCUCGGCGGCGGCAACUUCAUGGGCCAGGGAUGCUACACGGUCAGCGUGGCGAGGUACCUCUUCGGAGAGCCGCUGCGCCUGCUCAACGCCUCCGCGGUGGAGGAUGUGGACGGCUCGCGCGCCGACCUCGGGACCAGCGCGACGCUCCUCUUUCCAAAGGGGGUGACGGCGGUGCUGCGCUCCUCGGCGCUCUCCAUUGGCUUCAACGUCCAUCUCACCGCCUCGCGCGGCUCCCUCUCGCUCACAAAUUACCUCUUCCCGCACAUCUACCACGCGCUCUCCGUCCACCCCGACAGCGCACCCGCCCGCACCGAGCGCGUCUACGGAGACGGCGCGCCGACCUUCGAGCUGCAGCUCGCCGCGUUUGCGGCUGCCGUCAGGGGCAGGUCGCGCUUCCCGAUCACGCCGGCCGACUCGGUCGAGAACAUGCGCUGGAUUGACGCAAUCUACGACGCGACCGGCCUCGGCAAGCGCCCAUCGCGCGAUCGAUACGCGAGGCAGCAGCUGCACCGGCUGUCGGGCGACGCCGUGUACUCGCACCUCGCGGAGGAGGAGGCGGCCGGACAGCUGGCGAGCGGGGAGGCGGCGCUGCUCGCGGUCGGCAGGCUGCUGUGCGGCGAGGGCGCGGCCGCCGCUCGCCCAGUCCGGCUGCUCGCCGCGAUAGCCGACGCGUCGUUUGCGGAGGCGCCCGCACCCCCCUGUCCCACCGGGAGACGAAACCUGCUCCAGCUGAUGCUCCACCACGGCUUCAUGAGCGAGGCGGAGAUGCUCGCGCAGUGCCGAGCGUGUGUGGAGGCACACGCCCAGGACGCAAAGGCUAACAAGGUGAACGUCUCUGGGUCAGACGAAGCGCAGCUCGAGAAGGCGCGCAAGAUUCUACUCGAGGAGAUCAGCCCGGAGCUCGAGCCGCUCGGGAUGAAGGUCGCCCAGAAGAAGCUGCAGGGGGUGCUCUACUAUGGCGUGGUCAACCUCCGCGACGACGAGGCUGGUGUCGGCAGUAGCCUCGGCAAGCCGCAGCGCGAGUUCUUCCACAUGCUCGUCGCGGCGAUCAAGGCGUCCGAGGGCAAGGCGGUCGACGCGACGGACGCGCAGAACGUGCGGCUCGACCUCAAGGGCGGAAAGAUGAGCAUGGACGAGACGGAGGACUGCCUCGAGCAGCUAUCGGCGGGAGGCUGGCUCGCCAAGACGGAGGAGGGGCACUACUCGCUCGGGAUCCGGUCGGAGCUGCAGGAGCUGUACCCCAUCCAGCGGGCCGCUGCGCCCGCCGCGGACGUGUCGGGGUGAGAGCCAGCCGCAGCGAAGAGGCACAAUGCGAGCAGUGAGGCUGAAAGCAUGACGAGAGAACGUGAAACUCGUCGCGCUUAGUUACAAUCCAUGGACAUGGCACGCGGGAUGCACGGCCGUCACGCGCUCGGGUCCGCGGUAUGUAGCAAUGGGUGUGAGGUAAAAUC